AUGGAGCAGCUCCUGAAAGAACUUUGUUUGGCUUCCAAGCUCCUGAGUGACUUUAAGGAUAUGUAUGAAUAUGAGAAUCGUUUAAAAACCUUCACAAACUGGCCCUUUACAGAGAACUGCAAGUGCACUCCUGAGAAUAUGGCAAAGGCGGGCUUUGUCCACUGUCCGAACACAAAUGAACCAGAUGUGGCAAAGUGUUUUUUUUGCUUGAUAGAACUGGAGAGCUGGGAACCAAAUGAUGACCCAUGGGAAGAACACACCAAACGUCACUGCUGUGGCUUUUUAUCCCUCACUAAGCCCUUUAAUGACCUGACGAUGGAGGAGUACUAUAUGCUGGAGAUGACACGGCUGAGAACCUUCCUUUGCAAAACUGGCAGAAGUAUAAUAAACUCUUUUGAGGAAGAAGUCACCGCAACGAGGCAGCGCCUGGUGGAUUAUUUUGUGUCUGAGCAUCAGUACACGCCGCCACUGCCAGCGCGUCUCCAUACUGCUCCUGCUGCCCAACCUCCUGAAAACUCAUGGCCAGUCAAAAAAAUCCCAGAAGAAGUGUAA